AUGAAUGACAGUAUGCCAAGAACGCCGUCCAAAGUAAGAGCACGGCGUGAAAGCUUGCAGCACCUGCAAGAGAUCCCUGUACGGGACACUGGGGCCGCCUCAGGGUUCGGUGGAGGACAUGCAGUGAAGGUUACACCUGAAUCAUUAAUAUAUCAAGAUUCAAGGAUUUCUGUCAUAGACAAACGUCGUCUCUCCGAACCUCCCACAGACAACAGGCGGACAUCUAACACACCUGCUGGAAACAGUCGAAGAACAUCCAGUGCCAAUGGUGUUUUUUUACCAAAGUCUGAGCAGACUUGUAACCGGUCGUCACCGUCAACCCAUGUGGAAUUAUCAAAUUUCCUGUAUAAUCUAUGGAGAAGACAGGAGAUGUGUGAUAUUGUGAUACGGGUAGGAGGCACCGAGUACAAGGCUCACAAAUUAGCCCUAGCAGCCUACAGUGACAAGUUUACUAGCCAGUAUUGCGAGCGGAUUCCAACCUCGAUUUCCGAGGUGAACCUGUCUGCGUCCUCCAUGGAAGCGGUGGAACAGGUGUUACAGUACAUUUACACGUCCGAACUGAACAUAACACUGGACAACGUCGACGCCGUGAUUGGCUGCUCUAGACAGUUAGGCAUUCACUCGGCUUUGGAUAUUUGUAAGAGGUUUUUGCUCGAUUUUACCCCAGACAAUCUGUUUGACAUGUGGUGGAUUGCGGACAAGCACGAGCUAGUGGACGUGUUGUCCAGUCUGGAGACAGCUGUGUGUAACCAUUUUGGACAGUUGUACACAUCGGUGGGAUAUUUGCGGGGACGUUUCGAACAGAUUCGACAUUUUGUUUGCAAGGACAACCUAGGUAUUCGCGACGAACUUGACGUGUUCUUGGCUGUCGUGUCCUGGAUAGACUUCAAUAGGCAGGAUCGACUGCGUCAUGCCCACGAUCUCCUUUCACGUGUCCGACUGGUCCACAUCUCUCCCGAACAGUUAGCCACAGAGGUAGAAGUGGUAGAUUACCUGUUCCAGAUUCCCGCCUGUAAUGCUUUGUUACUGUCUGCUUACAGGUAUCACGCCCUACGAUACAGCGGAAGUGACGUAGCCAACUCAAUGACUGUUCAGCCACGAAGAACCCCUCAUUCCGUCGUCGAUUCAGACCCUGCCAUGGGACGUAACUUUUGUCAGAAUAACGCAUUUACAACUCGUAUGUCGCAGUCUAGUCCUGUAAAAGAAAGCUACAAGACAACCCAAAAGCUAACUUCCCCUCCAAAGUCUUUUCAUUUGAAAAAUUACCACUCAAUGACCGAUGGUACAUCAAACGUACCCCCUUCUGUGCAUCCUACAACACUGCUGGCAGUGGGAGGAGUGGACCCCUUCGAUACCCAGGCGGACGAAGCUUGUCGUAUGGUGGAGCAGUACAACCCAAUGUCAAACAGCUGGAACCAUCUUACCACCCUACCGGAAACACGUCAUCACCUGGGCGUCGCAAUGCUUGACGGCCUAUUGUUCGUGAUAGGAGGAUCGGUACUGCUCAAAGACGACAUGGAGAAUCUAGCUAAUCCUACUGAUGUCAACUUCCGGUACGAUCCAGUCAGCAAUUUUUGGGCGAGAAUCGCCUCCCUGAGGCAGCCCCGAAUGUACUUGAGUGUAUGCAUCUUAGAGGGCAUACUGUACGCCAUAGGUGGAAACGAUUCUUACGGCAGAUCUCUUGAGUCUGUGGAGUUUUAUGACCCUGACUUGGACCAGUGGGGGUUUAUUGCACCAAUGACCUCACCAAAAAUAGGCGUGGCAGCUGCCGGUUACCGUGGGAAACUCUACGUUGUUGGAGGAUUUCAGGAGAUCGGUGGUCAGCGGACUGUUCUCAACAGCGUUGAGUGUUACGACCCACGGACGAACAGCUGGACCAUUAAGAACACAUUGCCGGUACCAUGUUGUCACUCCAACUUAGUGGAAGCCCGGGGGGCUUUGUACCUUCUGGGAGGUUCAACCAUUCCCGUGGGUAGUGCCUCGAUUUCUUCCUUAGCGUCGGUCUACCGUUACUCUGAUGAUGAAGACGUGUGGGAACUGGUCGCUAGCAUGAGAAUCCCCAGACAUGACGCGGGGGCCGCUGUUAUUGAUUCAAGAAUAUUCGUUAUCGGAGGGGUGAGUUCAGAUGAGGGAAGAGCCCUAAUGGACACAGAAUGUCUAGAUGUUGAUCGCGACUUGAUGACUUGGAUAGAUGACCUCCAGCCACUUGGACAUCCUGUCCUCGGUAUAGCAUGUUGUACACUGGACGGCGGCGAAUCAACUGUCAGAGGACGAGCUCAUCAUUAA